AUGUCCCUUUCGGAAGUAAACACCAUACUCCUUGUCGGCGGCACUUCUGGAAUCGGUGCCGGCCUUGCCAGUCGUCUUCACGCGGCAGGCAAAAAAGUCAUCGUCACCGGUCGUCGUCAAGACCGCCUGGCUGCGCUGGAGCAAGCGCUCCCCGGUCUCUACACGUCCUGCUUCGACAUCAGCGACAUCCAGACGCUCCCGAAAACCGUCUCCGAUCUCACAGAGAAACAUCCUGACAUCGACAGCGUGAUCAUUGCUGCGGGAAUCCAGCUAUACACCCAGCUGGACAAGCCUGAGACCGUUUCGCCAGAAUCCAUCAGCGAGGAAAUCGCCACGAACCUGACAGGUCCGAUCGUCCUGUCGAACCUGUUCGUUUCGUUCUUCUUAUCGCAGAAGAAAGCCUCGCCUACUUCGAUCGUGUUCACCACGUCGGGACUGGCUAUCGCGCCGUUCCCCGUUGUAUCGGUCUACAGUGCAACGAAGAGCGCCCUCCACUCUUACGCCCUCUCACUUCGCUCUCUGUUAUUCGAGAGCAGGAUCAAGGUCGUGGAGAUGGUGCCGCAGUUUGUCGCCGACACGGAGCUUGCGUUGAAGGAUCGUGAUCUGGUCAUUGCAGCGUUGGGUGGUCCUGAUAGUCCCGCGGCCAAGGGGCUGCCGCUGCAGCAGUGUUUGGACGAGAUCAUGGCCGGUCUGGCGGAGGGUAGAAAUGAGUUUGGCGUUGGUCGAGCUGACAUGAUCCUCAAGACUUGGAGGUCUGCGGUUGAGCCUGUAUUGCAAAGACUGGGAGUCAAGGGAUAA